GGCAAUUACAUUGAGCUCUCCCUCCAAGAGAAACGACAAUAUCUCUGUCUCUUUUGCCAUGAAAGCUGCGGCUUUAGCCACAGAACACCUCUGAACUUUAGUUUUGGCCACAGGUUUCAGCUUUAGCGCUGUCAGUGCCACGGCCUUGUUAACCUCACAUUUGCUUUCCUACCGGUUUUGUUUAUUGAUUGCACAAAGACUAAAAAAAUACAUGGCGCGAAUUUUUCAUUAAUUUAAUAAUUGAACAAGCUAUAAUAAAAAAACAUGGGCGUUACAAUAGACAUCAAUGGCAUUCCUGUGGAUUUCCCAUUCAAGCCCUACGACAUCCAGAAAGACUACAUGAAAAAAGUGAUAGAAUGCAUCCAAAAUGAAACUACUGCGGUCUUGGAAAGCCCGACUGGAACUGGCAAGACUUUGUCUCUGUUGUGUAGCUCGCUGGCGUGGCUGCAGCUGAAAAAGGCCCAAAUUCAGGCUCAACGAUUUGCUAACGUAAAGAGCAGUUUCUCGAAAGGCACUGGCAAUGCCGAAUCCGCAGCUGCCUUAAGCAACUUCCUAGAUGUGGACGAAAAGGCCCUUGGCCUGGCAAGUGGAAGAGAGUUUCUGGGCCUUCCCACAAUCAUCUAUGCGUCCAGAACCCACUCGCAAUUGACGCAAGCAGUUCAAGAACUGAAGCGAACAGCCUACAAUCACAUGAAUUGCUCAGUGCUUGGCUCUAGAGAGCAGCUGUGCAUCCACCCAGAAGUGCUGGCUGAACCAGACCGAGCGGCCAAGCUGCAUAUGUGUCGUAUGAAGGUUUCAACGAAAUCUUGCCAUUACAACAACAAAGUCGACCGAAUGAAAGACGAUCCUGAAAUCUGCAAUACACCCAUUCUCGAUAUAGAAGACAUGGUUAAAUUGGGAAACAAACGCACUUUUUGUCCGUAUUACAUGACCAAGGAAAAGAAGCAAAACGCUGAUAUAAUUUUUACACCCUACAACUAUCUGUUGGAUCCAGUUGCAAGGAAAUCUUUAGGUUUAAAGUUAUCGAAUGCUGUGAUCAUCCUUGAUGAGGGCCAUAAUGUGGAAAAAGUCUGCGAAGAAUCGGCCUCUAUUGAUGUAAAAUCCAGUGACAUCGCGCUGGCUAUUGAUGAAACAACCAACAUCAUGAAAAUGGUAUCGGAGACGCCAGCUUUAUUCGAUGAACUGCCCAGUAGCGGAGCUACAAUGGAUCCGGAACAAUUAGCCAACUUGAAGAUGAUGCUGAUCGAAUUUGAAAAGGCCCUAGACGAAGUGUCUCUAACUAAAAGUGCUGGAGACGAAAUUGCCCAUUUUCCAGGCGAUUUUAUUUUCGAGUUGCUCGAAAAAGCCCAAAUUACAUUGGCAAAUUUUCAACCAAUUUCUGGCCUUAUCGACAGCAUGAUUCAGUACCUGACUGCCCAGAACGAUGGUCCUUUUGCCAGAAAGGGCAAAGGAUUGCAACUUUUUAUGGAUUUUCUUACAGUCACAUUUAGUUCAAAGGCCACAAAGGACAAGAUCAAGCACUGCUAUAAAGUGUAUGUGAGGGAAGAUGAGUCCAAUGAAAAAGCUGGAAAACAGAAACUUAACACUUGGCUCAGUAAAGGCUCUAUUAGUGGCCGCGGCAGGAUUCUAAGCUUCUGGUGUUUUAGUCCGGGGUUCGGAAUGGAUUUUAUCGUUUCACAGGGCAUCAAGUGCCUCAUUCUAACCAGCGGCACUUUGGCUCCACUCAAGCCCUUAAUUUCCGAACUAGAGCUCAACGUAACAAUCAGCUUGGAGAAUCCGCAUAUUGUUACGGAAGAUCAGAUUUGCGUGAAAGUUUUAACUAAAGGCCCCGAUGGUGAAUCUCUUAAUAGCAGCUUUAGAAACAGGGACAACCCAAAAUACGUGUCCUCUCUAGGCAGAGCGAUUGUGAACUUGACGCGAAUUAUCCCUAGUGGGUUGCUUAUCUUUUUCCCCUCUUAUCCCAUUAUGCAGAAAUGUCAGACUGCAUGGGAGGCCGAGGGAAUAUGGUCGAGCAUUCUGGCUCAAAAGGCGAUAUUCGUGGAACCAAAGGGCAAAGAAGCAUUCAGCGCCGCUAUGACUGGUUACUACGAAAAAGUUCAAGAUCCCAACUUAAAAGGCGCGAUAUUCAUGGCGGUGUGCAGAGGAAAAGUGUCCGAAGGACUGGACUUUGCCGAUGCUAACGGCCGCGCUGUGAUUAUUACCGGCUUGCCUUAUCCACCCUUAAAAGAUCCACGGGUUAUCCUGAAAAGACGCUACUUGGAUGCUUGCCACGCUCAAGACAAAGAUUAUUUAACUGGGCAAACUUGGUAUUCCCUUGAAGCGUCCCGAGCAGUCAAUCAGGCUAUUGGUCGGGUAAUCCGCCAUAGGCACGAUUAUGGGGCGAUUUUACUCCUAGACGAACGGUUCAAUGGGCUCCAGGUAAGGAACCAAAUGUCCAUGUGGCUGCGCAAUCACAUCAAAGUAGUGAAUAAAUAUGGGGAAGUUAUUCGAGACCUCAGUCAGUUUUUCAGAAAAGCCCAAAACGAGUUGCCAGCUCCCGUAUCGAAAGCUCUGCUGCCGUCCGCAGCAGCGUUUGAGCUUCCAAAGUCAUACAGCAAAAAAGGGUUCUUUGAUUUUCCCGGUGGUUCUUCCACAUCGACAGAUUCUUUGAGUUCGCAGUCAAGUCUGUCGAGCGGGACUGAGGAUUUAAUACAGAAAUACUUGGGAUCAAGCGAUAAUCCGAAUGGAACAGUAACAAUACACUCAACAAAGAGGGACAACUGCGAAGUGCUGACGAAUAAAAACAAAAGAAAAAAAAUCAAUCUCACUUACCGACCGCACUACUUGGACGCGAUGGAACGAACAGACGCUCAACCGGAUCAUAUGUCCGGAAUAAGCGAAUACGUCCUUAUGGUAAAGUCGAAGCUGGGCCCGAAUUUCGCCACUUUUGCCGAGCAUCUGCGACAAUAUCACACUACUAGGAACAUAGCAGCAUUCAUAGCAAGCGUGGAUCCAUUAAUACCCCACAAUCUUCGAUACAUUCUCAGUGGGUUGGAUCCGUUUCUCAAAAAUCCCCAACAGUCUGAGUAUAGGAACUUUUUAAGACGAAAUAAUUUGGUUAUUCCUGAGGAUUUAUAGUCGCAAAUGGAGAAAAUUAUGUCUUUGUUUUUUAUACCAAGAUAUCUUUGAUGAAUAAAUUCGUAAUUGUU